UCAUCUUAUCAUCUUUCGCGGUUUGUACUCACAUAAGCAGCCUCACUUGGUGCUCUCCUUCCCUCUGCAACAACUGGUUCGCAUCAUCCACGCAGAAACACAAAGAAAAUGCAUCAUCAUCACUAACACUGUAACACUACCCUCAAUAACACAACAAUGGCGUUCCCCAACACUUGCAAGCUCUCUGAAUUGUCUUUCAAUUCAUCAUUCGCAUCACUGAACCAUCCUCAUAGCUCUUUCCGCAAAUUCCCAUUUCGCACUCUCACCUUCGCUUCUCUCCCAACCCCUAAACCCAACCCCUCCGCCCCCUGGCUCACCAAAUCCCCCUCCCCCAAAAGGGCCAUCGAACCCCUCACCGCCGGCGACCCUACUCCCGACAGAAAACCGCAGAACGCCGUCGAUAGAAUCGUCCUCCGGUUACGCAACCUCGGCUUGCCCUCCGAAGAAGAAGAACAAGAGCAAGAACAUGAAGAAGAAAUUCCGGCGACUAAUCCGGCGCCGGUAACCGGAGAGGAGAGGCUGGGGGAGUUGCUCCAGCGGGAGUGGGUGCGCCCGGACGCCGUGUUGGUGGGUGAGGACGAUGAUGAGGAGGAAGAGAUGAUGCUGCCGUGGGAGAGGGAUGAGGAGGAGAAGGAGGUGGUGGUGGUGAGUGAAGAGGGGUUGUUGAAGAAGAGGAGGGUUAGGGCUCCGAGUUUGGCUGAUUUGACACUUGAGGAUGAACUGUUGAGGAGGUUGAGGAGAGAGGGGAUGCGUGUGAGGGAGAGGGUGAGUGUCCCCAAAGCUGGACUCACUGAGGAGGUGAUGGAGAAGAUUCAUAAGAGGUGGAGGAAGGAGGAGUUGGUGAGGCUCAAGUUUCAUGAGGAACUUGCAAAGGACAUGAGGAAGGCUCAUGAGAUUGUUGAGCGUCGAACUGGAGGAUUGGUUACGUGGAGGUCAGGCAGUGUUAUGAUGGUGUAUCGUGGUAUUGAUUACCAAGGGCCUGACUCGCGGAAGGAACUUAAUGAGAAGAAAGGUGAUGGUUUUUUUGUGCCGGAUGUCUCGAAAAGGGAAGACAGUACUGCAACCUCAACCUCAGAGAAGAGUGAGGUGGUUGUGAGGGAGCGAGAACAUCCGGAGAAUAUGUCAGAGGCAGAAGCAGAGUACAAUGCCCUCCUUGAUGGUUUAGGUCCUCGGUUUUUUGGAUGGUGGGGUACAGGGAUUCUUCCUGUUGAUGCUGAUUUGCUUCCCCGGACAGUUCCAGGUUACAAAACGCCUUUUAGGCUUCUUCCUACUGGGAUGCGUUCUCGGCUAACAAAUGCAGAGAUGACCAAUUUAAGGAAGCUUGCAAAAUCACUUCCUUGUCAUUUUGCUGUAGGGAGAAAUAGAAAUCACCAAGGUCUGGCAUGUGCUAUUCUUAAGCUUUGGGAGAAAAGUUUAGUUUCAAAGAUUGCUGUCAAACGUGGGAUCCAGAACACAAACAAUGAACUGAUGGCUGAGGAGCUGAAGAUGUUAACAGGAGGGACCUUGCUGCUAAGGAAUAAAUAUUUCAUUGUUAUAUACCGUGGGAAAGACUUUGUUCCAACAAGUGUCGCUGCAGUUUUAGCUGAAAGAGAGGAAUUAACAAAACAGGUACAGGACGUUGAAGACAAGGUGCGUUGCAGAGCAGUUGAUGCAAUUCCAUCAGGGCAAGGUGAAGCAACGGCACAGGCUGGGACUUUAGCAGAGUUCUAUGAGGCCCAAGCUCGAUGGGGAAGGGAAAUAUCUCCUGAUGAACGUGAGAAGAUGAUGGAAGAAGCUGCCAAAGCCAAGACUGCUAAGCUUGUCAGACAAAUUGAACAUAAAAUAUUUAUAGCCCAGACUAAAAAGCUUAGAGCAGAAAAGCUCUUAGCCAAAAUAGAAGCAUCUAUGGUUCCAGCUGGUCCUGAUUAUGAUCAGGAAACAAUCACAGAUGAAGAACGUGUUAUGUUCCGUAAAGUUGGUUUAAGAAUGAAGCCAUACUUACCACUUGGUAUACGUGGUGUUUUUGAUGGUGUUGUUGAGAAUAUGCAUUUGCAUUGGAAACACCGAGAACUUGUAAAAUUGAUGACGAAACAAAAGACUCUUGCUUUUGUUGAAGACACAGCAAGAUUACUUGAAUAUGAGAGUGGUGGAAUACUGGUGGCAAUAGAGAAAGUUUCCAAAGAAUUUGCUCUUAUUUACUAUCGUGGAAAGAAUUAUAAGCGGCCAAUUACUCUUAGGCCUAGGAACCUUCUAACGAAGGGAAAGGCAUUAAAGCGUCAUGUAGCCAUGCAACGUCAUGAGGCUCUGAGUCAGCAUAUUACUGAAUUGGAAAAAACUAUAGAACAAAUGAAAAAAGAACUUGGUAUGACUCAAGAUUCAGAUGUUGAAGAUGGGGGGAGCAUCGAGGAAGAUGACCAUAACCAAAUAGACAUCUCAGAAUUGGCCCUAAGUGAGGAUGAAGAUUCUGAUGGUUAUGAUGAUGAGGAAGACAGUGAUUGGGACGAUGGCGAGGCCUCCGAGUUUUCAGAAUUCAUAAAUGAUGAGCACCCUUGAAGGCAGGUUGACAUAUUUGCAUUGAUGUUUCCUUGAUCACAUAUUCCAUUGCCUGCGGCUAGAAGGACAAUCAAGAAGGGGCAGGCUAAAAUCAACUUGUGUGGUUCUUCCUCUAUUUGCACAUUCUUUAGAGCUGAAAAUAUGGAAUUCCAUUUAUUCAAACUUGUACAAAGAUGUGCCUAGAUAUCAUUUGUGUUCCUGCAGUAGCAAAAAUCCACCAUCCAUUAUCUACUUGCCUCUGGUUUUUUCAUCAUCUUUUAGGAUGCUGGCUGACUUUUGAGCAGCAUGAACAAAAUUUCUGCUGUAUACUGGAUGGCCCCUCUCACUGUAGUUGACCUGAUUAUUGUAAAUCCUUCAUCACAUUGUAAUAGGCUAUAUGGUAAAGGAUAAUGCCUUUCUUGUAUUUACUAUAUUGAUGUCAUGCCUUCCUGAGAUUUUAUUUUAUUUUCUUUGAUGUUCAAUGCCAUGGAGUAGACAAUAAAUGUAUCAUCCUGAUGUAAUGGGUUAAAAGGCACAAUUUUGGUUAUACCUUCCAAA